GCGCCAACAUUGGAAAAGGGAAAAAUGGCGCAUACUAUCGCGUUGUUUAUUAGUAAUUUUCGCCGGUAAGAUGUCUUUUUUAUGGCUUUUAGCGCGUGUAACAAAACAGCGAUGAGAGAAUUAGCGGUGAAAAAGUGAGAAGACACAUGUAAAUACAUCCAGCCUUCGACAAUGCCACACCGCGAUAGUGAUUCGGACACGGCUAGCUCUUCCAGGCGCAAGCGUAAAAAGAGGACGCAUGCAAGAUCUGGUUCAUCGUCUUCGGACAAUUCGUCGGAUCGCUACCGGCGCAAGAAGAAGAGUGGACACAGCUCGCACGACAAAUCCAGGCGGCGGCGGUCAAGAUCAAACUCGUCGUCACGCUACUCCUCGACCAAAGGGUCUUCAUCUAGGAGACGCCGUUCGGGUUCGCGGCACCGGCGAUCCCGCUCUUGGUCUCCAGGACCACGGAGGCGCUCCAGAACUCCAAAGCAUCGAUCACGGAGGUCUCGCAGCAGCUCAAGCUCCCGGAGACGCUCAUGGUCGGGCAGUGAUUCGCCGAGGAGAAGCAGGAAAGCAUCAGCGUCAAUUUCCCCUAAGAGAGUGAGAAGGCCAGGAGACCCCUUGCCACCGAAGACUGGGAACGAAACUGACCAGCUCAAGCAAAAGAUUCAACAGGUGAUCAAAGCCGCAGCCACUGCCAGUGCAGAGCUACGCGAGCGUGGUCUCCUUCCUACUGGCUCCAGCAAGGAGGGUGCUGCAACUGAAAGUGGCACCAAUACUCCGCCCAGUGUGCUGGAGCAGUUGGAGCGGGCACGCCUGAUUGACGACAUCAAUGCCCCCUCCUUCAGCCAGCAGUCUUUUGUCUCUCGGCGGGAGCACGGCAAGAAGGAUACCGCAGCCAGUACUUCUAAAGUAGUGGACAACCAUGCGGCAGCCAUUUUUGGAUCGUUUGAGUCCCUCAUGGCAGCAGCCAAGGAAGUGGUGCCUCUGUCCAAUUGGAGGGAAAAGCCGGAUUUGCUGAUCCACCCAAACCUUAAAGAGGCACCGGAGGUGAAACUGGAGCGUUGGCGAAAGAAAUUAGCUGCUGAAAGAAGAAAGCGCGUCAACGGAACAACUGCUGGUGGUCUGGUGCGCGGAGACUUGUGACUGUGACCAAAUAGGAAGCUGACGGCUUCUCCGGUUGAUGGGCAAAGGACACUGUGAGGUGAUGCCUGCAGACAGUCAGCAGUGUAUGAAUUCUUGUACAUAGAACAAUUAUAUGGGCCCCUUUUUCGUUGUAUA